AUGUCAGGCCUUUCCGACGGCCGUCUGCGCACCCAGCACGAGUACACGUACCGCCUGCCCACACCGCCUCGAAUCGUCGUGCCUCCACCCACCCUCACCGCCGACAUGCCGGGCCUGGCGCUCAGCGGCGGCCCUGGACAGGACUUGGACAUGAGUUUUCUCAGCGAGCUCAACCUGGAAGAUAUUGUGCAGACGAACACGCUGCUGGAAUGGGCGUACGAGCGGCGGAGACAAGCACAGAUGAUCUUGCCGUGGCUGUAUCUGGGGCCCAUGGUGGCCUCCAAGGACCAUGCAUUUCUCAAGCGCGAAGGCAUCACCAUGGUCAUAGCGGUUCGUGCGAACCCCAAGAGCCUGACGGGUGCACUGCAGGCGGCUGCCAACGUGUGCCUUGAGGUGGGCAGCAUCGAGGCCGCCAGCUUCUAUGAUCUCACCCCCAAGUUUCCCGAGGCCGCCAAGAUGAUCAAUGCACACGUUGCAAGAGUCCGCCAACAUGCCCUCGACACCACCGGCCAGGCCGCGCUCGGUAAAGUCCUCGUCUUCUGCGAGUCUGGCAACGAGAAGUCGGCGGCGGUCGUGGCCGCUUACCUAAUGGACACUCUCAAUGACUUUGAUCACGUCAAGGCCAUGCAAAUCUGCCAGACACAACGCUUCUGUGUCAAUUUUGACGAUACUUUGAAGAAUAUUUUGCGCUCAUACUGGGACAUUGUGGGUGCACGCCGCGCCAUCGCAGCCGCCCAGUACCAAGUAUUGCAUCAGAAUGGCCCCAGCAACAACCACUCACAGCCUGGCUGGCUGCAAUUACCGCCUUCCUCGUCCAAGCAGAAGCGAGGCCUGGAAGAAAUGCAGGACAACGAUGUUGACAUGGACAAUGCCAUGGACGCCUCAGACGCCCUCCGCUUUGCCGAUCGCGACGUGACACCAUUCCAGGACCGCUAG